AUGUCUUCGGCCACUAAUUGGGAGGGGCACAGCUUUGCAGGGUCAGAGAUUAUGACUGUUCUUGUCGACAAAGAUGAAGUCAAAUACUACCUGCACAAAGACAAGUUGACCUCGGAAUGUCCCUUCUUCGCAAAAUGCCUUGGCUCGGGCAUGAAAGAGGCUCAUACCAACGAGGUUAAGCUACCAGAGGACGACGUGGAGGCGUUGGACUGCUUCGUGGAUUGGAUCUACAAAGAGCCCAUGCCAAACAUCUCCGUCGGAGAGUCGGUGAUUGUCACGAUGAAAGCCUGGGUCCUUGCCGAGAAGCUCUGCAUGCCAAAGUGGCAGAACGCAUUGAUUGACCACCUGGCCCACAUCUUCACGUAUUUUCCAGUGGUGAAGGCGUCUCACCUGUCCUGGAUCAACGACAAUGUUCCCACGCCGAGUCCUCUGUCGAACUUCAUGAGGGACUAUUUCGCGCACGAGCUCGCCAAAAACGCGGGCGCUUAUCGGAAGAAGCAGGAGUCGGAAUUGGGCCUGGACGAGGGACUUUGGUCUGCGUUAUCCAAGUCUCCCACGGGAGAUCAAGUGACGCUGAAAGCCAUCGCCAUCGCCCGCGACUCGGACGCAUCCAACCCGAAAAAUAGACCGCACGAGCACCAUGUCCCAGUCUAG